CAUAGGCAGCUGUACACACGGAUGUAAACCGGGAUGGAGGACUCCCAACUGCAAACAGAAAUGCUCCAUGGGAACCUACGGCAAAGAUUGUGUAAAUCACUGCAGCAGUCAUUGCAGAAAUAUGACAUGUAAUCCAAUCACUGGACCUUGUCUGGAGAGCUGUACACCUGGUUACUUAGGGAGUUUCUGCAACAAUCAGUCACCUAUUGUCAGUAAUGACGAGUAUAGUACUGCGGAUGCCUACAUCGCAGCCUUGUCUAUCUCACUGGUUAUCAACUUGAGCCUGGUCGUUGUCAUUGUUAUAUUAUUGAGGCAACUCUAUAACAGAAAACAAGAGAAAGGUUCGUCUGACUAUGUUACUAGUGCCGAAAUAUCACCGCCAUCACAAGUGAGCAAUAACGAUCUACACCAGUAUCAGGAACUCAACAUGCCCAAUGAUAAUUCAUAUCAGAAUCUGUCAUUAAGAGAUCGUUCAUAAAAUGCAUUUUGAAUUAAACUGAUUCUUCUCGUUUUCA